AUGCUCUCCGAUUCUCCAUCGGUUCUCCUAGGCCUCUGCAACAAUCAACGAUCUCACUUCAGGCUUACUUCUUCUCCGGUGAGCAUAGGAUCACCUCCCCGCGUCCAUCCUACUCGUCAUAAAAUCAUCCAACUAGGGAUUUUUUUUCUCGAUCUCUUCAGGUUAUCGGCUCAAAAACUUCUCCCUAAAACCUGGCUUGAUUUCUCCAACAUUCCAACGAACCUGUUUUUCAAAAUGAAACCCAUAUGGGAGUUCGUUUUCUCCCUCAUUCCCAUGUCGGAGUUCAAUUUCUGCCAUAUCCUCAUAAUUUCUGCCCUAAUCUUGAAAUUGUUAUCAGAUUUGUUUACAAGGGGUAUAGAUAUUCAAGACGUGAAUGUUGUCAUCAAUUUUGACUUUCCAAGGAACGCCGAGACGUAUUUGCACGAGGUGGGACGUUCGGGAAAGUUUGGACAUCUGGGGUUAGCUGUGAAUCUGAUAACUUAUGAAGAUCGAUUUAACUUGGAGUUUUGGUAUGUGAUGAUAAUGACCUCUAGAGCAAUUUUAAGGUAG